CGGGUGUCGUUCUGAUCAACACACGCUGACGGGGACGCGCAACGCACAUGCAAAAACACAUGCGCUUGCACACGCACCCACGAUCUGCAGGGAUGCUGGACGAGGCGCCGCACGGUGUCCUCCGAGAGGGAGGAGAAGGAGAAGUUCAUCAUGUGCAGUUUGAAUGCUGACGUUUUGUUCCAGCACAGUAGGAACAGCCUUCCUUUUCACAUUCUUUUACUACUGAGGAAUCUGUGGCCCAACUGUCCUCAGCAUACAAGGGUUAUCUGCAGAAAUGCUAUGCAAGGGACUGGAUGAAUGUGACCAGCGGAUCAGAGAGGAAUGAUUGACCACCUGCUUUCUGGCUGCAUUUUCAUCUGUGGAACUGUUACAUCUGUGCUGAACAUGCUAUUCAACUCUUACCUGCAUUUCUACAGUGAAGACAGGAGAAAAUGGAGAGGACUAUGGACCAUGGUGGUGAUGACAGCAAGCUCUCCGGGAAGUGUGACUGUGGUCCACUAUAUACUGUGGGUCUGACCCCUAUGCUGUAGUGGACACAUAGGAGAAGCACAAGCUGACCUGAUACUCAACAAGUAACUACUGCACACCUACUGCUCCAGGACAGCUAGCAGCUUGAUGAAUGGAGAACUUCAAAGGGAUACUCCGCGUCACCCGGGUCCUCCAGCACCCACAAACGGGGACAUCAAAAUGAUGGAAGAGGGAUGCCAAGAACUGACGGUGCGACUGGGAUCCUUAAAGGCGCAGGAGGUGAUGGGAGGUCAGAGGUCAUGCGACGUGGAGGAGCUGCUGAAGCAGUCCCAGAAAGAGCUCCUGUGGAUCCAGAGGCAGCUGUCCAUCAUUGCCGACCGGAGCUCGGCGCACAUGCGGGCCAAGGACAAGCUGAGAAAUGAAGUUCUGCCCCUGCAGCUCCCUGGACUGACACCACACAAUGUGGACCGCUUCCGGCUGCUAGAGGACAAGAACCGCGCCCUCAAGCUCGAGGUGGUGACCCUCAGCCAGGAAAAGCAGCAAUACAAAUUACUUGAAACAGAAGUUAACAAAAAAAGGAAGGAGUGUGAAGCCCUUGAAGAAGAGGUGAAGAUAAAGAGUCAAACAUGUAAGACACUGGAGGCUGAGCUCCACGAUGUCCUACAGGAGAAAAAUCGCCUGAGUCUUGAAUUGUUCACCCAUAGCCAAAAGGCAGCGCAAUAUGACCAGGUGAAGUCAGACUAUGAUCAGCUCAGAGAGAACCUUGUCGCUGUGACUCAGGAGAGAGAUUCAGCCCUGAGGGAGAAGAUCCAUCUCCAAGGCAAACUGGAGAACCUAGAGCAGGUGCUAAAGCAUAUGCGAGAGGCUGCGGAGAGGAGGCAGCAGCUAGAGUUGGAGCAUGAGCAAGCCUUGGCUGUUCUCAAUGCAAAACAACAGGAGAUUGACCUUCUGCAGAAGGCUCAGGUUGAAGCUAAGAAGGAGCAUGAGGGAGCAGUCCAUCUAUUAGAGAACCACUUGGACAGCAUGCAGUUGAGGAGCAUUCCCCGCGCUUUGAACACAGUGCAGUUUUUGGCCAAAGUCAGAGAGCUGGAGGAGAAAUGCAGAACGCAGAGUGAGCAAUUCAAUCUCCUGUCCAAAGAGCUGGAGAAAUUCCGCCUGCAGGCGGGGAAGUUUGAUAUACUGAGCACCAACCCGCUGACCGUGUCAGAAUCCCCCGGGUCCCCCAACAAGUCCCUGUCCCAACUCCUCAACGGACUGGCCGCCCCCUCUGGGAAAGGCAAUGAGAGUCCGGCGAACAGGUCGGUAAUAUCCGAGUUCAUCCGACCGCUCCAGAUCAGUGGAGACAAGCCCGAGCUCCUGUCCGUCAAGCCGACAUUCCUCACCCGGAGCCCGGCUGGCAGCCCCCGGCAGGACUUUCUGUCAGAGAUGGACAAUGAACUGAGCUCCACGACCAGGUCCAAGGCGCGGUACACGGGAAAGGUCCGUCUCUGCGUCGCCCGGUACAGUUAUAACCCUUACGAUGGACCCAAUGAGAACCCUGAGGCUGAGCUCCCCCUUGUGGCGGGGAAGUACCUCUACGUCUAUGGGACCAUGGAUGAGGAUGGUUUCUAUGAAGGAGAGCUGUUGGACGGGCAGAGAGGCCUGGUCCCCUCCAACUUUGUGGACUUCGUCCAGGACGAGGAGAUGCCUCCCUCCCAGCCCGGGGACAGCGGUAAGGAGUCGGGCUACCUCAACCACAGCGGUGUGGGCCUGCAGAGCGUGGGCGUAGGCCUGGGCGUGGGCGCGGGCGGCCUCUUGUCCGACGGCAAGCUGGACGGCCUGGGCGUCGGCGGCGGCAGCCUGGGGAUGGACCUCCUGGGGUCCUGCAACAACGGGACGGGGACACUGGACGUCAGCAUCGACGAGAUCGGCGAAGACAUCGUGCCUUACCCCCGCAGAAUCAACCUGAUCAAGCAGCUGGCCAAGAGCGUGAUCGUGGGCUGGGAGCCGCCGGUGGUGCCCCCGGGCUGGGGCACCAUCAGCGGCUACAACGUCUUGGUGGACAAGGAGGUGCGCGCGAGCGUGCCCUUCGGGGGCAGGACCAAGUCGCUCAUCGAGAAGCUCAACCUGGCCACCUGCACCUACCGGAUCUCCGUGCAGAGCAUCACCGAACGCGGCCUCUCGGACGAGCUGCGCUGCACCCUCCUCGUUGGCAAGGACGUGGUGGUGGCGCCCUACUACCUGCGUGUGGACAACAUCACGCAGAUCUCCGCCGAGCUCUCCUGGAUGCCCAGCAACAGCAACUACAGCCACACCAUCUUCCUCAACGACGCCGAGUACGACGUGGUCAAGGCGGGCAGCUACAAGUACCAGUUCUUCAACCUGAAGCCCAUGACCGUUUACAAGGUGAAGGCCGUGGCCCAGCCCCACCAGAUGCCUUGGCAGCUGCCCCUGGAGCAGAGGGAGAAGAGGGAGAUCUCUGUGGAGUUCUGCACCCAGCCCGCAGGACCCCCCUUCCCGCCCCAGGAAGUGCAGGUCCAGUGCGGACAAGCCGCAGGGGUCCUCCAAGUCCGCUGGAAGCCCCCCCCACUCACCCCCAAUGGAACCUCUAAUGGGGCCAACGUGAUUGGCUACGCAGUGUGCACAAAAGGACAAAGGAUUGCUGAGGUCAUGUACCCAACAGCAGACUAUGUCACAGUGGAUCUGAACAGAAUCCAGUGUCUGGAAGCCAGGGAGGUCAUUGUCAGGACGUUAUCAGCACAAGGGGAGUCACAGGACUCCCCCGUCGCCACCAUUCCGCACAACCUCCUGGUGCCUCCGCAUCCGCCCCCCCAUCCGCCUCCACACCCGCACCCCCCACCGCACCCGCAAGCCCACCCACCCCACCUCCAGCCCCACCCUCCACCCUACCCGCAGACCUAUCCCCCGUCCCACCCCCAACCCCAGAUCCACCCCAUGCCCCACCCCCAACCCCAACCCCAGCCCCAACCCCAACCCCACCCCCCACCUCACCCCCAGGUGCACCCCCAGAUGCACCCCCAGGCGCACCCCCAGCCCCUCCCGCAGCCCCUCCCACAGCCCCAUCCCCAACCCCAGCCCCACCCCCUCCCCAAGCCCAAGCCAUUAGCAAGUGCCAGAGAGCCAGAAACCAAAGAGCAGGAGCCCGGCGUGGCUCACCAUGGCAUGCGGCUCAACCAGCCCUGGGAGCCGGCUCGCCCCCCCUCGCCCCUGCCCCCGUCACAUGGACACACCCUGGAGCCGCCCCACCUCCAGGGCCGCCGCUCCCCUUCUCCGCAGAGGAUCCUGCCACAGCCUCAGGGAGCCCCCAUCCCCAACACCGUGGCCAAAGCCAUCGCCAGGGAGGCGGCACAGAGGGUGGCGGCUGAGAGCAACCGGGUGGAAAAGAGGAACAUCUUCAGCGAGAGGAGUAACGCCAUUCACCCCCUGAACUCAGACGAGGAGGAGGAGGGGUACGAGUCGCCCCACACCAGGAGGAGGGGGGCCUCUGUGGACGAGUUCCUGAGGGGAUCGGAGCUGGGUCGGCAGCCGCACUACAGCCACAGCGAGGAGUACCAGACGGAGAGCAGCCGGGGCUCCGACCUGUCGGACAUCAUGGAGGAGGACGAGGAAGACCUGUACUCCGAGAUGCAGCUGGAGGAGGGCAGGAGGCGCAGCAUCAACUCCCACAACACGCUCAAGGCCUACUAUAGGCGUCACGAUUUUGUGGAGGAGCGUGACAGCUGGGACCUGCAGCGGGAGGUGGUGCGGCAGCGGUCCCUGCACAGCAAGCGCCUGCACAGCAUCCCGGAGGUGGCGGAGGAGGAGCUGGACGGUGGGGAGGCGCUGGGGCAGCGGCUUCGCUUCGAGGAGGCCCGUCCCGGCACGCCUCGCGCCCGCUGUCGGACCCCGCGGGGCUACCACCAGGAGUCCCGCCAGCACAAGCACCUCUCCCCCGGCAAGGGCUGCCGGCGGCUGCAGCGCCAGCGCUCCUCCCCCCGCUUCCCCGACAGCCGGCCCGUCCCGGAUGACCGGGGCCUGGCCCGGCCCAGCCGGCAGACCACCAAGAGCCCCGACAGCGGCCUGGACUGCGGCAGCGAGGAGGAGGGCUCGCUGGGCACCCGGGGCCACGGUCACGGCAGCCCCAUGCGGGGCCCCGCCCGUUCCAUCCACUGCGAGGGCCCCGCCGAGCGCCGCGCCCUGGCCAGCGGCCGCAAGCGGACGCUCACGCGUCAGUGCAGCGUGGAGGAAGACUUCUGCGACGUCCCGGCCUCCGCCGCCACCACCAAGACGGUCCACGUGGCCGACCUGCGGAGCCAGGAGCUUCGCUGCAGGCCCGGCAGAGAGCCCGCGCACAGGCGCCUGUGGGCCGAGGGAGCCCAGAGCGAGGGCAGGCUGAACGAUGUGGGGAAGGCCUAUCACAGAGACUAUAGGGCGCACUCAGUGGCAAAGCUCAACAGGGGGAAGGAGGAGCCGCUGAUUUUAGGGAACUCCCCCUCCACGGGACGCUCGGACCGGCUGGACCAUUCAGGGCGGACUCUGACCCACGGGCCCCCGCCACAGCGCCGGCCAAUGAUGGUUCCUUCCAUUGAGAUCACCAUGGAGAGUAACAGUGAGGGGAGUGAGGGGAACCUCUCACCUGUCAAGGAGGAUGUUUACUAUGGCAGUGUAGCUCGGCGCAGGAUAUGGCCUCAGCGAAGUGUGGCCUCAGAUCAUCGAUAUGACGGCUACGGCGGCCGCGACCGGCACUCCCCGGAGUACUACGAGGAGUCGGAGCCCGAGGACCUGGCUCGGAUCUUCGUGGCCCUGUUCGACUACGACCCCCUCUCCAUGUCCCCCAACCCCGACGCAGCGGACGAGGAGCUCCCUUUCAAAGAGGGGCAGAUCAUCAAGGUGUAUGGGGACAAGGACACGGACGGGUUCUACCGGGGUGAGAUCUGCGGCAGAACGGGCCUCAUCCCCUGCAACAUGGUGUCCGAGAUCCAGACGGAGGACGAGGAGAUGAUGGAUCAGCUCAUCAAGCAGGGAUUCCUCCCUCUUAACACCCCUGUAGAGAAAAUAGUGAACUGCGAUCGUUUCAAAGACGGCCGCUCAGUAAACCGCAGGUCCCGAAAAUCCAAGCGAGAACGGAACAGGAGGAGCGGAAGACAGCACCCAGUGUCCACACGGAGAAUGGUGGCCCUCUACGACUACGACCCGAGGGAGAGCUCCCCCAAUGUUGAUGUGGAGGCCGAGCUGACCUUCUGCGCGGGUGACAUCAUCACGGUCUUUGGGGAAAUUGACGAAGAUGGAUUUUAUUAUGGUGAACUCAAUGGACACAAAGGUCUCGUUCCCUCAAACUUUCUCGAAGAAGUGCCUGACGACGUAGAGGUCUUUCUCACAGACACUCCAUCUCGAUACCCCCAGGACGCUCCUGCACGGACAAAGACCAAAAGGGUUCCCCUGGAAAACACUGGCCCGUCCAGAAGAGCUGCAUCCCCCACUGUGCGCCAACAUCUCCCCGGCUCCGGGCCCGCCACCGUGGGGCCCGGCAGUCCCGUCAGGGGCCCCCGCGACUUGUCCUCCAAAAAGAAAAAGGGACUACUCUCCAAAGGGAAGAAACUGUUGAAAAGACUUGGCGCCGUGAAAUAACUACUCGAUAUACUCAAUGAAGUAUAUACCAACUGCAUACACAUUAUGGAAAAAUUUGCAAUUCUUCCAUUACUGUAAUUUAAAUCAAAUGGAAAAAAAUAGCUGUCAAAACUAGGAUUUUCAUGACAACUGUCAACUAGUCAAGUGCUGUACUCACAUUUCUCUCUCUUGCUGUGAAGCACAGCUCAUGUUUGGUUAUGACUGUAUUACCGAGUUCGAUCUAAAUGCAGGGACUUUUACGGGCGAUGGUGUAGUACCAGAUGUCACGAUUUUUAUGCAACCUCUCCAGUCAAGUAUGUUUAUCGUUAGCACAGCGAGGCAAAGCAGGGAAUUCGAAUGGUUCAAAAUGUUCUCUCAGUUUUGAAUGUAGUCAGUAUUAGAGGGCAUCACAGUAUUUGUUACCUCUAUUAAAAAAAACAUUUUAAACUCAGUAAGGAAAAUGUAACACCCCCCCCCCUCCCCUGACCCAUCAUCACUGUAAUCGUUGUACUUUUCCUCCAAUCAGAUUGGAUGGUGGACGUUUACGGCCAAUGACUGACCAGGAUCAGUGGACAGCCUAAAGUAGACUGUAAGCACUGUACCAUUUAGUUGUUCUUCUCCGCCACUACCCUGGCCUUGACAUAACAAACUGAAUAAACCACGGGUCAUGCUCAUCUCUGCAGUGAUGGAGCCUGACCUUAUGAAAUCUACCUGAAGAAGAAAAAAAAAACUUCUAAAUUCCCAUUUUAAGAGUGCACCAUUACUUUGCCAAGAAUUGGUCAUUUUUUUCUCUUCUUACAUUUCAAAAACUGCACAUCUGAACCAACAGGUUUUCAAGACUGCAGUCUGGCUUUUAAGUUAAAAAAAAAAAAAAUGGAUGCAUCCUGUCACUCACGACUAGUUCAUCAGUAUUGAAUGGUCAUGAAAUGCCUAGUUGAAACCAGCCUCCAUGCAUUUGCCUUAUUAAUGCACAAUGGUUUGUAUUUUGUCCAGUAAAUGGAGCAGGAGUAGUUUGUAUGUACUGUGUGCAUUCAUGUUAGUGCAUUCCUUUUGAGAAAAAAAAAGAAAUGUAGUUUCAAGUUAUGUGAUCAAGUGGUGUGGUACUAACUACAUUUCCAUGUGUAUCUGGUUUCAUUGGAGGGGGGAGGGGGGACCUGAGCAGCUCCCUUUUUAAAUCAAAGUUGUCUAGUUCGGAAGUCCAUGUUUUCACCAGAUUCUGCACAAAAAUUGGAACACAAGCUUCUUUUCUAGCCAUUGCAUUCAUGGAGAAAAUUCCUGUCUUGACAGGCAGAAACCAGUCCCAUCUUAUUUUUAUGAAACUUUCUGCAUGUUCCACAUUGUCAAUGAAAUUGGAAGGAAAUGUCUUGGUCUUUUUAACCCCAAAAUAUGUAUAGUUCAGUGAAUGAAUGACGAAACAUGUUACUGGCUAUCAUGAAAACACCAUCAGGUUUGCCAUUCUUGGGUCCAGACUGGUAUGUGAAAUGAAACCUUUUCCCUUCAUUUCUUCAGCAUCAAAGCCAACAUUUCAUGACUUCAUGUCCCUUUAUCCAUUUUUUAAAAUUUUAUCACCAGUCUAUUAUUUUACCUCAUUAGGAAAAUCAUUUAACUUUCUUUUUCUAAAUGACAAAAACCCCUUAAGGAGAUUAGAACCGAGACUGCCAAAAAUGGAAUGUAUAAAAUGCUGGGUAUAAUUUGCAUAGUUGUUCGCCAAAACAAAAAAAAAUGCAUUUGAUCCAUCAUCCAGAUAGAUGUACAUGUUUUCCAAGUCAUAAAUACCAUGAAUCAGUGAUUGGGCAUAGCUUCUAUACAUUGUUUGAGUGACUCUCUCUUUUUGUACUUUGUCCAUUUGUAAAUUGUUUUUAAAUGUUUAUACUUGAUUUUCAG